ACUUACGUCCGGGAGAACAGCGCCGCCCACAAGGAGAAUGCCCGCCCGCUCCCCACGUCCCCGCCCACGACGCCCGUGUCCCCGCUGUCGUCGCCCACGCCCCAGGGCUCGGUCAGCACCACCUCGGCCACCAUUACGCCCGGGGCCGCCCACAACGCCCACCCCGCCCCCGGCUCCCCCGUGGGCGUCGUGCCCUCGGCCCCCGCGCCCCUGCAGUCCCCGAGGGCCACCAACACCAUCCGCCGCCACACGAAGGCCACCAAGAACCUCCUCAUACCCAGAUUCUAUUACCCAAUGGGCCGCCCCACAACCCAGGUGUCCCAGGAGCAGUCAAUAUCACGGGUCAACGCUGUGUUCCGAGAGAAUGGAGGUCAGAUAACACGGGACAACAUGGAGCCACUGAUAAGGGCUUGCCAAGUCCCACUCUACUGGAAGGCUCCUCUCUUCAUUGCUGCUGGUGGAGACAAGCUGGGCUACCUCACACAGGAGCAGUUCUCAGACUAUUGGAGCAGAGUGAUCUCUACCUGCCACGACAUGGCCUCUCGCUUUGUCCGAGUGCUGAGUCGUGGCGUUCGGAACUACCUCAUGCCAGAGGACUUUCUUAGCAUGAUUCAGGAUGUGGUGGACACCCACCCUGGCCUCACCUUCCUCAAGGAAGCCACUGAGUUCCACUCCAGAUAUGUUCAUACAGUCAUAGCAAGAAUAUAUUAUUGUGUAAAUAGAUCCUGGUCAGGUAGAAUAACAGUUCCAGAACUUAGGAGAUCAAACUUGUUACAAGUUAUAAGCUAUUUAGAGGAAGAAGAAGAUAUUAACCAAAUCACAGAUUACUUCAGCUAUGAGCAUUUUUAUGUUAUUUAUUGCAAGUUCUGGGAAUUGGACACGGAUCAUGACCUGUUCAUUGACAAGCAUGAUCUUGCAAAACAUAAUGAAAGAGCGCUGUCAUGGCGCAUGAUUGAGCGAAUAUUCAGCGGGGCAGUUACCAGAGGAAGGCUGCAGAAGCAGGACCGCAUGGGCUACCAGGAGUUUGUGUGGUUCCUGAUAUCGGAGGAGGACAAACGGCAUCCCACGGCCAUUGAAUAUUGGUUCAGGUGCAUGGACCUGGAUGGGGAUGGUUAUCUGUCCAUGUAUGAGUUAGAAUACUUUUAUGAGGAGCAGCUGCAGCGCAUGGAAGCCCUCGGCAUCGAGACUCUUCCCUUCCAUGACUGCCUCUGUCAGAUGUUGGAUAUGGUGCGUCCAGAAAUGGACGACAAGAUAUCCCUAAGGGAUCUGAAGCGCUGCCGCAUGACACCCAUAUUCUUUGAUACGUUCUUCAACCUCGAGAAAUACCUAGACCACGAGCAGCGUGAUCCCUUCGCAUCACACAGAGCUGAGGAUGAUGGGCCAGAGUUCCUGCAGGUAUCGGAGUGGGAUCGGUAUGCGGCUGAGGAGUACGAGCUGCUGGUGGCAGAGGAGGGGGGAGCUGACCACCAGGAUGAUAUGUUCUACGGUGAUGAAGAUGAGCUGUCGAUGGGUUGUGAUGAUGCCUUAGACUCCAGUCCAGGAGGUGGCCGAACCCUGACCCUCAACAAGCACUCGCCCCUCUCAGCCACUGUCACCAAUCUUGCGGCCGACUCCAUGGAUGUGGAUGAUGACUAUCCAGAUUAUGCAGACUCAGAUGACUACCAGUACUAGAACACACCACUGACAACCACCCUCAUCAUUGCCAUAAAUGUAAAAGAAGCUGACUGAUGAACCGAUUCUCAUCUCCUACAAACAACGGUUCUUGCUGUAGCUCCUGUAAUGGGAACACGUGCAACACCCCCCAAAGAUUGGAUUAGGGUCCUGGAUGUCACGCGCGCUCUCUUUCUUUCUCUCCCACUAUCCCUCUUGAUGGUUUUCUUUGCAGGGACAUUGGUUAGCCAGAGCAAUAGAAAGAGGUUGAUUUCUAUGAGGUUUUGGGUUCUGUUACAUGAUCUUGUUACAGUUGUUGACAUUAAUGUGAAUGAGAAAUAACUAAAGUGUGUGAUUGAUCCACAAGAUUUUCAAGGAGCCGAGUUAUUUUUAUGUUUUUCUGACAAAGGGGAAGACGAGGGCAUGUGAAGGCUCUCCUGCCCUUCCCUAUCAAUGUGGCCUUUACGUAGGUAUUAAAGAAAAAUAGCUUUUCCUCAAAAUUUUAGGCUGAUGGCACAGCCUCCCAUGUAUUGAUAAUUCUUGAAUUAUAUCUAAGCAUUUUUUCUUGUUAUUUCUUCUUUUUUUAAUUUAUAUUUAUUUUUGGCCUUUUUCAAUCACUAAUCCAGUGCAGACACUAGACUUUUUCAGACAGAUUUUAUAGUGUAUGUCAAAAUACACCCUAAAACCUGCAGUCUGUGUAAAUUAAAAACAAAAAUUUAAGAAUGGCAGUUAUUUAUGACGAAGUCCACUUCGUUCAACAGUGUUUACAGAAAGACUUCAAAAAAAGGAUUAUAUGAAUUGGUCUUUUAUAUAUAUAUAACACUUUCUUUCCAGUUUUUGAUGUUAGGCAGAUUUUCUUGUAGUAAGCAUAGCAGCUUUGUAUGCAAGAUAUCUGAUAAGAUGAAUCCAGUGAACCUGCUCCUCCAACAGUGUAAUGCAGCGAUGACAUUCUUCAUCAUGAAACUCCUAACCUAUGUGAAACAAGUA